AUGGUCCUCCUUCGGAGGACCUCCGCUCCAACAUCCUGGGCACAUACUUGGGUAAGGGGUGCAGCAUACGAGCUGAAGCCAAGCCCCUCAGACUUUGUCUUACCCCUGAGCACAGUCUUAACAGGACCCCUCAAAGUUGCAAAACUUGGAUGCAACAGCCUUGCUGAACUGCUGAACUGUGCAGCAGGUGGCUCGGGUAGCGCCAGGACCACUGUCAGCUCAGAACAUCAGGCAAGGAGUGGGACACCCGCUUCCGAAGCUCGCCCAGUGAGGCCGGCAAAGCCAGUGCAACAGGCUGCUGGUGCGCUACUGGGGUCACAGAUGGGAGAUCUCCUGGCUGGGUUGACUCAUGCAAAUCGAGCAGUCGACCAUGAAGAUGAAGCUGUGACUGAGGAGGAGACAAACACAUCCCUGGUGCCAAAGGGAAUCCAGCGACAGAAACAGGUGAUUGUGGGACCUCUGAGGAGAACUCGAAGUAAGACGAUGGAAAAGCCAUUGGACAGUACUAGGAGAGUCACUAGAGCGAGGGCAGGGAAGUAA